AAGGACACUACGAAGGUGAAUAAAAUUUAAUAUGUUUUUUCAAACCCUUAAUUUACCUUGAGAUCCAAACCUUCAAACCCUAAAAGUUACUUCUGUUCGUAUCUUGUUUCUUCUCCCAAAGAAAGAAAAGUCUCUAAAUCUCUCGCGUCGAAACCAUGAACAGCCGCGGGCCUUGGUACUCGAGCAACACAUGCGUCAUCUGGCUCGUCGAGGAAAUCCCAACCCCUAGUGAUCCCAAUGGUUAUUUGAUUUCUUCUAAUAUCCGAUCAGCUCUUGAGAGAAUGGGUUACCUUGGUGAGGAGAGGAUCUGGUGUUAUGGUCCUGAGAACCAGAGCUCAACAGAAGCUGAAUGGUUCGACGUCUGCUACGAAUCCAUAGGCGAUAAAGACAAAAGAGUUCGUAGGAUGUUAUUUGACAUGAUUACAUUUGCAUCUUCCUGUGAUGAUGGUAAACAAAACAAUGUGAUGUAUGAUUAUGAGGCAGAGCUUUUUCGUUCUGCAGACGCAAUUUUUGACUCUACAACAUUAUUAGAUGGUUCACGUCCUAUGGACUUUGACAGUGUUUCUUGUUCUAGCUUCGGAAACUGGGAAACAGAUUCUGAUCCUGGCAACUUAGAGCCUAAUAAGCUUACAUCAGACAAUCCCGAAAGCUCAGCAGUAUGGCCAGGAUGUCUAUUCGAUAAAGGAGUGAUUAUCGGGAAAUUUGUACAUACCCCUGCGUGGACUAAGAAACUCAAGGGUUUCGAAGAGCAUAAGAUAAGAAUGCCUUCGGUGCCCUCUAAGCUUCUUCUCCUCUCUUUGAUUCCUUCGUUGACUCCUUAUCAUUCUGGUUUGAGUUCUAAUCGUUUGAAACCUCUUGAAAAGUGUGAUUGGCGUGAUGCAGACUUUGACAUCUCGAGUCCCACGGAAUGUUCUAAAGGCUCCAAGCAUACCUCGUUUACUGGAUCUGAAGAUUCUCAGGAGUCUGAUGGAGAUGAAAUUGGUUAUAUAGACUCUACUGCGAAUGAUGAAACCGCUGAUCAGGAUUUCGGAAAAUCCACUUUAAGUCCCAACUCAUUGGAUGAUGAAGACAAGGAUGAGAACCUUACGACUACACCAGUUGUUCUCAUCCCAGCCAUAAAAGGCAGUCGAGAGAAGCAUGGCUUGUCACUGAGGAAGUCUAGUGUUUCAUGGGCGGCUGAUGUGUAUGAUCCUCCUCCCUCGAUAGCCUCCCACACAGUCACAAGAAGCAAGAAACAGCAGCAGAAAUCCAAGAGCAAAGACAACCACAGGAAGACUGGAAAGAAAGGACAAAAGAGUAAAGACAACUCUUCCUCACGUGGUGGCAGCAGCAAAGACAAGAAGCAAGCUUCUCGCAAACACAGUCGAGACAAAUUUGAAUGGGUAACUCAGAUGCCUAUAGUUGCAGCUUCUUCUUAGCUCAUCUUUGAGCUUGGCCUCCUCUUGUGUGAUAAAUAAUCAAAUCUCUUUGUGUGUGAUUCCUGUUGAGUUUCGUAACAUUUCUUAUGGGUAAUGGAUGAUCCUUAACACUAUUGUGAAGAUUUUGUUUCAGUUUGUUACUUUUUUCUUUUUGGAUUAAGUUUUCACUUUUGAGAAUAACUCAAUGGAAUGAUU